UUAAAGACACUAACAAAAAGCCAACAAUGAUAUUUUUUAAUCUUUGUCGUAAUUUCCUCGUUAUUAUUCUUAUUUCAUGUUUCAUGAUUCGUACAUUAAAAAAAACAAACACUCUACACAAUUCAAUUUUCGAAGUGUCACAAAAAAGAAAAAGCAAAGAGAAGAAAUGGAGCGUUUGCCACAAGAUUUAGUAUCCAGAAUCCUCACAAAGUUACCAGCAAUAGAGUUAUCAAAAUGCAAAUCCAUUUGCAAAUCAUGGUUAGCUCUCAUAACUAAUCCUCAAUUUAUUACUAAUUACUAUACUAUCUACAACAACCAACAUGAACAUCUUUUAGUCAUUCGUAGACCUUUUCUUUGUGGUCUCAAAACAUACAUUUCACAUCUUUCUUGGAAUUUUAAUGAUCCCAAAAAACAUAUUAUUUCUUCUGAGAUUUUUAACCCACCAUAUGAAUACAAUUCAGACCAUAAAUAUUGGACUGAAAUAAUGGGUCCUUGUAAUGGCAUAUACUUUCUAGAAGGUAAUCCAAAUGUAAUGAUGAAUCCUUCAUUGAUACAGUUUAUGGUUUUACCUCAAUCCCAUUUUACAGCUCCUCAAGGUUUUUAUUCUUUCAGUGAAUAUUAUGGUUUUGGUUUUGACCCUAAAACUAAUGACUAUAAAGUGGUUUUGUUGAAAGAUCUUUGGUUAAAGGAAACAGAUGAGAGACAAAAUGGGUAUUGGAAUGUUGAGUUAUAUAGUUUUAAUUCAAAUUCUUGGAGGAAACUUGAUGCUGAAGAUUUACCUCUUCCUUUUGAUAUUUGGGGUUCUUCAAGAAUCUACACUUUUGUGAGAAAUUGUUGUCAUUGGUGGGGUUUUAUUGAUGGUAAUAUUGGAGAUGUUGUUUUAGCAUUCGACAUGGUUGAUGAACGGUUUAGGAAGAUUAAAGUGCCAAAGAUUGAGCAUUCCAAUUCCUCAGGUGAAUGUUUUAAAACAUUGGUACCUUUUGAUGAAUCUGAUACUAUUGGUGUCAUUGUUUAUCCUGUAAAGGGAUUAGAAAAAUGGUUUGAUGUUUGGGUGAUGAAUGAUUAUUCGGAUGAAGGAUCUUGGAUGAAGUUAUAUAGUAUUGGACCUGUGCCUGUGAUUUAUAAGCUUGUUGGAUUUUAUGGGAGUAAUAGGUUUCUUUGGAAAGAUAGCAAUGAGAGGUUGGUGUUGUAUGAAGCUGAGAGUGGAAAUAUAAGAUAUCUUCAGGUUUCUGGAAAGUAUGAUUCAACAAGAGCUGCUAGAUAUAUGGAAAGUCUUGUUUCACUUCAAAGAGGAAAUGAGAGUGGUUAUCAAUGUUUUUCUUGUAGUUUGGUUCAUGAUCCACUUUUGAACCUGGGGGAGUAAUUUAAUUUUCUUUAUUACUUUGUAGUUUAGUCUUCUAUUGUACCGUGCUUUUGUUGAAUCUUCAAAGUGUAGUUUUUACUUAAAUCGUGGUUGCAUACCGCAAUUUUGUCAAAUUCAUUGUCAAUGCAAAAAAGCACUUAAAAUCAUGAAUUUUCAGAAUCUUCCAUCGAAUCUCUUUUAAUUCGCGGUUUGGGGGUAAGGAGAAUUAGGGAGUUUAACUUGGCGUUGUUGGGGAAGUGGUCUUGGCGGAUGGUGACGGAGAGAAAUGGGAUGUGGUUUAAUUUAUUGGCCACUAGAUAUGGCCUUGCAGGGGGGCGGUUGCAGGCUGGGGGAAGGGAGGGGUCGGCGUGGUGGAGGGAGAUAAUUAAUAUUCGUGAUGGUGUUGGAUCGGUGGUGGGUACUUGGUUUCCUUACAAUUUAAAUUUAAAGGUCGGAAACAGGGUACAUUCUUUAUUUUGGUUUGAUAGGUGGGUGGGGGACGUUCCUUUUCAGGUUCGACUCGGACGUCUGUUUGAGUUGUAAGAAAAUAAAUUAUUAACUGUAGCUCAAAUGUUUCAGUUGGGUUGUGAUUAUGGAGGGGAUGCGUGGAAGUGGAGAAGGGGGUUACGGGUUUGGGAGGAGGAGUUGGUAGUUGAGUGUAGGAUGUUAUUAUUGUCUGUUAUGCUGCAGGUUGAUGUUGAUGAUGUCUGGUCUUGGUCUCCUGAUCUAGUAGCUGGAUAUACUGUGCGUGGUGCAUACAAAUCGCUUAUAAGUGAGAUGGGAUCGUCACCUAGUGUUCCCUUGGUGCCUGCUGCUUUGGAGAAAAGAAGUUCUGUUAAAAGUCUCAAUUUUUGCCUGGCGUCUUUUCCAUGGUAGAUUGCCUACGAAGGCGAAUUUAUUCAAAAGGGGAAUCGUUCAUCAUGAUGCUCAUAUGUGUGUUACUAGGUGCAGAUUAAUUGAAUCAGAUGUUCACCUUUUCCUGCAUUGUGACGUUUUUGGUCAGGUGUGGCAGCUUGUCCAACAUUGGUUGGGUGUUUAUCCAGCAGAUCAUGCAAGCAUGGUGGAUCAUUUCCAGGUCUUGCAAAAUUACGUUGCUCUAUUAUGCAUCUUUUCUGGUUUACGAGUUCUUGGGUGAUUUGGAAGGAAAGGAAUGCGAGAAUAUUUCGCGCAAAAGAAAGCACUCAUCAUCAGCUAUUGGAAAAAAUAAAACUCCCUUUUCUUUUAGUGGUUUAAAGCUCAUUCUAUUGCUUUUUAUUAUAGUUAUUAUGAUUGGUGCCAUAACCUUUUUUAUGUCCAGGGGUUGGUUAACCUUUAACAUUAUCUAUUGAAACACUUCUGUAAUUAUUGGUUAUCCUUCUUUGUAUACCUUGUGCUGGAAGGGUAUAUAUAUGAAGCCGGCUCGUGAAUAGUACUGGGAACGAAUGUAACAUCAACCUAAUCAAUAAAUUUCUUUUUUACACCCGUGUACCUUGCUUCCAUAAAAUAAUAUAUUAUAUAUUAUUACAACUCGUGUACCAUGCGUCGAAAAUUAAUAAUUUCUGGAUCCACGGAGACCAAAUCAUUUAUCUAUAAAUUGCUACUUGCAAGAAAAUGUUAUCACUCAUAAAUUUCACAUUUCUUGCCAGCAGCACAUGCACAUCAUUUAUUGAAAUUCAGAUUGAUAUUUUGAAGUCAAACUGAUGAGUUGGAAACAAAGACUAUUGAUUAUUCAAAGCAUGGGCGAUUUUUUAUGGACAUGUCAAUAUUGAGUUGUGUUAAGCAUCUUCAAAAAAUCUUUUCUGAAUUUAAAGCUAGAGGCCAUCCUGGAUGAAAAAGUUGACUAUCUAAUUAGAUUUAGGUAGACAUAUUUGAUUUCAGAAUUGCCUCUAAUUCUAAAAUUACAAAAGGUUUAUUGAAGAAUAAAGGUGAUUACUCAGCGGUACUAUAUCCAUUUGAGUGUGCAGGACCAUAAAUUAAAAUUUAACAAGGUCUGAACAUGUAUAAGAGCAUCAGAAGCAGAAGAGAACCUAAAAGAUUAUGGUAGAAUAUUUGAAGAAAGGUCAACUAGAAGUCAACACCUUAGAUCAGAAGAAAGAAACUCAGAAGCUGAAGAUCUGCAUCAAACUCUAAAAACCUCCACACUCUGAAGAAUAGAAGAUCCAGAGGGUCCCAAAAUUCACGUCAGAUUUGUCCUUUUCUGUAGCUGUCUCUAUCAAGUCUUGAUAGUACAAUCUGUCUUCUUUUGACCAUGUAUAGAAACAAAUAAAAAACUUCAAGGACAACCAGAAUGAACAGAUAAUUUCAAUUUAUGCAAUGAAUUUCGAAUGUCUAAUCAACAAUAUUAUCCAUAUCAGGUAAUGAUCCAACAUCCUUGAUUUGAAGCUUCUCAACAACUCUUAAUGGCUAGCACUCUUUUCCAACGUCUCUAAAAUUUUGAGCUAUAUAUAUAUAUUUUAUUUUGUUUUCACUUUUUUUUUCUUUCAUUUUGAGUGUUCCAUGUUGGAUUGUAAAUUGUAGUAUGGGGUCUUCAACAAUAAAAAUGAUCUUUGCUCUUACACCGUUAAGUGUUCAAUCAAGAGACCGGAGCUUUGAUACGAAGGUGGUUGGAAACGGGUGGUUGGUGAGGCACCUGAUUAGAACAUUGAAAUGUCAUGAAGAUAAUAGUACAGCUCAACAAAACAGAAGGACACAACUAAAUAUCAAAAUACAUCUUAGUUAGUUAGAUUACUUGUAUAACAUGCUCCUAUUAGAUAGUUUAUUUGGCUACUAUAGAACUCUCACUAACUACCAUAAAUGUUACAUUGUAAUCUCAUCAUUCACUAAUUUGAGGAAUUGUAAUGUUUUGAGGUAAAUCAAA